CCAAAUCUCUCUCACUUCUGGGGAUUUACCAGUCUAAGGUUCCUGAAUCAUCCUCCCAUACUCCCACCAUCUUCUGACCUCUGCCUAGAUAGGCAUAAGAUUAUUUGAGAAAGUGUGUCGAGGGGAAGUUUCCUGACAGGAAUUUUUAAAGCUGUCUAUUAGCAGACGAGCAAGAGAGUCUUGAAUGUCAAACGCCUGACAAACUCUUGAGACCAGCCACCAAACCACGAAAAGUGACUUUCUGAGUCUUCUCUUCGGCCCUUCUGAUGGAAGCAGAAGCAGGGAGCACCAUGGAGACUGGAAAGGGGACCAACCGAGGCAUUCGGAUUGCACUGGCCCUGUUUAUUAGUGGCACCCUGGUGCUGGGCACACUGCUCUUUCUAGUGAGUCAAGGUCUCCUAAGUUUCCAAGCUAAACAGGAGUACUGCCUGAAGCCAGAAUGCAUUGAAGCUGCUGCUGCCAUCAUGAGCAAAGUAAAUCUUUCUGUGGAUCCUUGUGAGAAUUUUUUCCGGUUUGCUUGUGAUGGCUGGAUAAGCAAUAACCCAAUUCCUGAAGAUAUGCCAAGCUAUGGGGUUUAUCCUUGGCUGAGACACAAUGUUGACCUCAAGUUGAAGGCACUUCUGGAGAAAUCAGUCAGUCGAAGGCGGGACACUGAAGCUGUACAGAAAGCCAAAAUCCUUUAUUCAUCCUGCAUGAAUGAGAAAGCGAUUGAAAAAGCAGAUGCCAAACCACUGCUCCACAUCUUGAGGCAUUCACCUUUCCGCUGGCCUGUGAUUGAAGCUAAUAUUGGUCCUGAAGGGGUUUGGUCAGAGAGAAAAUUCAGUCUACUGCAAACACUGGCAACAUUCCGCGGUCAAUACAGCAAUUCUGUGUUCAUCCGUUUGUACGUGUCCCCUGACGACAAGGCAUCCAAUGAACAUAUCUUGAAGUUGGACCAAGCAACACUCUCCCUGGCUGUGAGGGAAGACUUUCUGGAUAACACUACCGAAGCCAAAUCUUAUCGGGAUGCCCUUUACAAAUUCAUGGUGGACACUGCUGUGCUUUUAGGAGCUAAUAGCUCUCGAGCUGAACAUGACAUGAAGUCAGUGCUUAGACUGGAAAUUAAGAUAGCUGAGAUAAUGAUUCCACAUGAGAACCGAACCAGUGAGGCUAUGUAUAACAAAAUGAACAUCUCAGAGCUCAGUGCUAUGAUUCCCCAGUUUGACUGGCUGGGCUAUAUCAAGAAGGUCAUUGAUACCAGACUCUACCCACACUUGAAAGACAUUGGCCCCUCGGAGAAUGUGGUGGUCCGCGUCCCACAAUACUUUAAAGAUUUGUUUAGGAUAUUAGGUGCUGAAAGGAAGAAAACCAUUGCCAACUAUUUGGUGUGGAGAAUGGUUUAUUCCAGAAUUCCAAACCUCAGCAGGCGCUUUCAAUAUAGAUGGCUGGAAUUCUCAAGGGUAAUCCAGGGGACAACAACUCUGCUGCCUCAGUGGGACAAAUGUGUUAACUUUAUCGAAAGUGCCCUCCCUUAUGUUGUGGGGAAAAUGUUUGUGAAUGUUCACUUCCAGGAAGAUAAGAAGGAAAUGAUGGAAGAAUUGAUUGAGGGUGUUCGCUGGGCCUUCAUUGACAUGCUGGAGAAAGAAAAUGAAUGGAUGGAUGCAGGGACAAAAAGGAAAGCUCAAGAAAAGGCAAGAGCUGUUUUGGCAAAAGUUGGCUAUCCAGAGUUUAUAAUGAAUGAUACUUAUGUUAAUGAAGACCUCAAGGCAAUCAAAUUUUCAGAAUCGGACUACUUUGGCAACGUACUGCAAACCCGCAAGUAUUUAGCACAGUCUGAUUUCUUCUGGCUAAGAAAAGCUGUUCCCAAAACAGAGUGGUUUACAAACCCAACAACGGUCAAUGCCUUUUACAGUGCAUCUACCAACCAGAUACGAUUUCCUGCUGGAGAGCUGCAGAAGCCUUUCUUUUGGGGAACAGAAUACCCUCGAUCUCUGAGUUACGGUGCUAUAGGAGUAAUUGUGGGCCACGAAUUUACACAUGGAUUUGAUAAUAAUGGUAGAAAAUAUGAUAAAAAUGGAAAUCUUGAUCCGUGGUGGUCUGUGGACUCUGAAGAAAAGUUUAAGGAAAAAACAAAAUGCAUGAUUAACCAGUAUAGCAACUAUUAUUGGAAGAAAGCCGGCUUAAAUGUGAAGGGGAAAAGGACCUUGGGAGAAAAUAUUGCUGAUAAUGGAGGUCUUCGAGAAGCUUUUAGGGCUUACAGGAAAUGGAUAAAUGAUAGAAGACAGGGAGUUGAAGAGCCCCUCCUACCAGGCAUCACAUUCACCAACAAUCAGCUCUUCUUCCUGAGUUAUGCUCACGUGAGGUGCAAUUCCUACAGACCAGAAGCUGCCAGAGAACAAGUCCAAAUUGGUGCUCACAGUCCUCCACAAUUUAGAGUCAAUGGUGCCAUUAGCAACUUUGAAGAAUUUCAGAAAGCUUUUAACUGUCCGGCAAAUUCCACCAUGAACAGAGGUGCAGAUUCCUGCCGACUCUGGUAGCUGGAGUGCUGGUUUCUGCCAUCCUGACAGAGCUGAGGAGUGCCGGUAGAGGAGUCACUAACAUACUCAGCACCUACUGCUUUUUGCCUAUAUUUUGUCGAAGACUUUUAUUUUUAAUGCAUUUCUAUUAUUUGGGUAGAUGAUUUGCUUGGAUCUAAACAGUAUCUGUUCAAAGUCAUUGGGUUUAUAAAAGGAAUGCAAGAACUGAGUGAAACACAUCUUUUUAAAGUAAGCCAAACCAAUGAUAACAAGUGUCAAGGCUAUUUGGUUAAACUGCUCUUGGCUGAUCUCCCCUAUCAUCCCUUUAUGUUAGCCACAGCUAGGUGGUACCUAACUUUUCAAUCUAUAG